GGUGAACGUGGCAGCGCGUGCGCGACCACAGGGCAAUCGUGACUCUAAGACCGCCAGCAUCGUCCGCAUGGUCAUCACGCCCGCGUCCAUGACCAGGCCGACUCCUGCAACAUCGAGGCAUCCUACACCGGAGGUAUCUACAAUGGUGUCGCCAAACCGCAAGAAUCGUUCUAACAAGACCGUGCAGCCGUCAGCCCUGAAACGCCGCCAAUCGAACAAAGACCCGCCGUCGCCCGGGGCACGGGUGAACGUGGCAGUGCGUGUACGCCUACUGAGCGAUCGUGACUCUGAGACCGCCAGCAUCGUCCGCUUGGUGGAAGACAGGUGCCAUGUGUUCAGCCCCAAGUUCGAGUCCUUCCAUUUUCAAGAACAGCGGGCAUGCGGGGGUCUCGUCAAGCCCAACGAAGAGCAAACGUUCAUGUUUGAUCAGUUCUUUGAGGAAACAAAAGACAAUGUGUAUGUGUGUGAGAACACCACCAGGGACAUGCUGACGAUGCUCCUUGAUAGUUGCAAUUGCUCUGUAUUCGCGUGCAUUUCGACGGUCGCUGACAAAAAUUUCACAAUGCUGGGCUCCGAGGAAUGUCACGGAGUGGUCUCCCUCAUGGCCAGCGAGUUGUACCAACGCGUGGACAAGCUCCGGUCAGAGGGCCAGACAUGCGACGCAGCAGUCGCCUACAUGGAAGUCUACAACAAAGUUGUUCGAGACCUGCUGUGCCUCGACCCGGCCAAGGGCAUUGUCAUAUUGAACCACACCAUACACAAGGUGAAGGAGAAUGGCACCCUCGUCGAGCUGCUCUUGAAAGGAAAGAACCGGACGCAGCCUGCCAGCGACGCCAAUGCUCAGUCUUCAUGGCCGCCCGCCAUCUUCCAGAGCUAUGUCACACUGACGGAGAACGUGACAAGCACGAGCACGGAAAUUCGCGUCUCGAGGAGCUCUAUUGACCUUGCCGCCAAUGCUCGCGCAGCUGCGGUUAGCAGGAACAUAAAGGAUCAGAUGCGCGAAGGUACCAAGCUCAACUUGUCGCUACUGGCCUUCGGCAACUGCAUCGACGCCCGCUCGAAGAACGGGAAGCAGCACGUGCCGUACCUGGACUCCAAGCUGACCCACGUCCUGAAGGACUCGCUGGGUGGCUCUUGCAAUAUCCUCAUGAUUGGGACAGCGACGGCGUUGAAGCCCAGCUACACGCAAACGUACAACACCCUGGGGUAUACGCUGAGCGGGCCGUGAAGAUCGAGCAUCAGGCCAAGGAGAAUGUGCUCAAUGUGAGCGUGCGCACGUCCAUGCAUGUACAGCGCGCUCAUGGAGGAGUACAAGCAGAAGCUGGAAGGCCUUCAGCGUAAGAUCUAGAAGGUGGGAAUGUGU